GUGACCCUCCUUCAGCACUCGCGCUGAAUUAUCAUGCGUAACAAUGUGUUUUCUUCGCGUUGGUGUUGGGGCAGCGUUGCGGCUAUCAUUACCUCCUUAAACUGCCUCUGAGCAUGGCAAAGGGAACGAUUCUUGGCGUUUCUCUAUUGGCCGCAUGCGUAAGCAUAAUGGAAUGUAGACUCCGAUUCGUCAGAAGAACGCCUGUUAUUUUCAUCAUGCCCUACCGAACAAUUCACCAUUAUCAUCAUCGCCAUUAUCGUUAUGUACGCAGAUAUGACGGAUUUGCAAAGUUCUUUUCGACCGACCAACCAAUAUGGACAUAUAAGACAACUGAGCGGCCUGUCCAUGAGUGCGAAGUGGAACAAAUGAUCAAGAAAAACAAGACAUCAGUUCUUUUGAUGCGAUCCUAUAACAAAAACAAUUCAAAAAUAUCCGGUUACCUACAGCGAACUCUUCAACCAAGGAAUGUGUACCAAAUGCUUAUUCAACAUUCAGAAUAUAAUCAGACUGAAGACAUCUUGUAUAUGAGUAAGAAGUUGAGAUGUGCAGUGGUUAAAGUUACAAGCACCUUGAAAGGUCAGCACACCACAUUUGACCUUCGAGUUCGCAACUCUUCGGUUACCAAGGGCUCUACCCGAGGCUGCAAAAUAAAAUUUUGGAGAGUUGCUAGCGGAGCACAAAACGUUUAUACAGUCAAGUGCCAGGAUAUACUUCGGAACAAAACGAAACCAGCGAUAACGGUCGUAGGAAAUGCGAAGAAGAAAAUGCAGCCCCUUCGAUGACGUUUUUUUUAGCAUCGUCUGACAUCUAGACAAACUGGUGGAGGAUCAUCGAAAUUUGUGCAGUGAUUCAACUUAUUUAUUUUAUCACUUGUCUAGAUCACAACUGGACGAAAGAGAACAUUGCGCCACAUAUUUGUUAAGCAUGGCCGUUAUUGCUCUUAGUUGACGCGUCAAUGUAUUCCGGCAUUCUCACCCAAAGGCAUCAAUAAAAGUAGACUU